UUAGCAUACGUAUGUAUCCAGUUAGGCUUAAUAUUAUCUCCUAGAAGCAUUUAAAUAUUCAGUAGUAAUUUAUUAAUUCAUUUAUAGUUCGGAUCUACAAUAUUUAAUAUUUGUUUAUGUUAAAAAACAUUUUUCUAUAAGGAUCAGUGAGUGAAAAACGAAACAAUCAACCAUGGAAAUACCUGAACAAUACUCUAUAACUUUAUCACGUGAGCAGAAACUGCACCUGGUGCCAUUCUUUGCGACAUGGCUGAUCUAUUUUGUUCUGUACAUGCCAGUGUGGGGAUAUCCCGCAGAGACGCUUGGCUCUGUAUUUUUUAAAAUUCUUCCGAUUCUUAGUCUGUGCUUCUUCGUAAUAUCUGCAGCCAAUAACUUCAAAGGACUACCAAAGAAAGAUAAUAUUAUUCCCGAAGACCAUCGCGCCAGACAUUUUUUAUUCGCUCUUAUUUUUUCUGCUCUUGGAGACGCUUGCUUAGUAUGGCGGGAAGUGUUGUUUGUACCGGGCUUAUUGUUGUUUGCUGUUGCACAAAUCUUAUAUUUCAAAGGACUUGAUGGCAGUGCAGUAAAGAGCAGAACUAAAGAAUUGUUCAUACUGCUUGGAUUAGACAUAUAUCUGAUAAUACAAAGUGGUAUUGAUUCUUAUGUUCUUUCUGCGUUAGUUGGCAUGUAUUGCGCACUAAUCUUUGCUGUAGCAUGGCGCGCCACGGCACGUUAUGAAUCGGAAGGGAGUAAAGCGGCGUUAACUGGAUGCGCAGGAGCCUUAGUGUUUACAAUUUCUGAUUGUCUUAUAGCUGUAGAUAAAUGGGGAUUUACAGUUCCUUUUGCACCUUCCAUGAUCAUGAGCUCAUACUAUAUAGCUCAACUUUUACUCAGUCUUAGUACGUGCAAGGAACUUAAUUAGGAUAUUUUGCUUGCGAAAAAGAGAAAGCAAUGUUCAAAUGUGCAAUAUUUUCUAUAACAGAAGUUUAUAAUUCUAUUUUGUAAGGUACUUAGUACCUCCACUUCUUUUUAUAAAAUGUCAUGAUCAGCAUCAGUCUGGACAGUUCUAUUAGUAGUAAUUAAAAUAUUUAUAUUGACAGCGAAUGUUCAGUAGUCAUUUUUAUAAUAUUACAUAUAAUGUAUAAUAAAGCUGGAAGUUUUAAUUAUCGAUGGCAAGAUAUCUUCAUUUACAUCUUAAGUUAAUUUUGAAACAUCUUUGUGUUAUGAUAACUUAAUGUCAAUUGAACGUUUUUUGGUAAAUAGAUAUUGAAAUGUUUGAAAAUGAUAUUGUCUAUUGUUAAAGUAAGUGUAACGAAAUAUCAAUGGUUCCUGAAAGGAGGGCGGGUACUGUGGAACAUGAAUCGUGUCAAAUAUUCUCCUGAUUAGUGACGUGCUAAUUAAUACAUGUGUAUUGUAUCUCCUGUAAUAUUAUAUGUAAUUAUUGUAAUAAAUUAUUGUAAGAAAUGCCAAAA